AUGCUUCCAGCAGUGGUCUUGCUCAUACUUCUUUUGGUUGAACAAGCAGCGGCCCUGGGAGAGCCUCAGCUGUGCUAUAUCCUGGAUGCAAUACUGUUUUUGUAUGGCAUUGUGCUCACCCUGCUCUACUGUCGACUCAAGAUCCAAAUGCGAAAGGCAGUAGCCAGCUAUGAGAAGUCAGAUGGCAUUUACACAGGCCUGAGCACUCGGAAUCAGGAGACUUACGAGACUCUAAAGCAUGAGAAGCCACAACAGUAG